ACAGAUGUAAUAAAAAUACAUAUAUCUCGUCUCGAAUCUUUUAGUGUAUACACAAAUAAAAUUAAGUAAAUAUUUAAAUAUAUCACCUUGACAAACAAUGGAUUUUGAUAGUCCCGACGUUAUGAAAGAUUUCCCAGGAUUGUAUGCGUCAGAAUUGAAUAAAAAAUGUAACAAUGAUAGUGAUUACAGUGACGAAACUGAAAAAGGUAUGAAAAAAGAUAUGUUAAUAGGCAAGCGUAAGGAUAAAAAGGAUAAAAAAGACAAGGAAAGGGGGUAUGCAGCCCUAGAAGGGGAAAGCUCCGAUGAAACUAGUAAAUCGAGGAGUCCUUCAAAAUCGAAGAAAACAAAGUCCUUUAAAUUUACUACAAAGUCGAAAGAAAAAAGGGAAAAAUCUAGGGAUAAGGAAAUAUCUGACAAGAAGAAAGACCGAGAUAAAAAAACUGACAAGAAAUGCGAAAAAGAAAAGGCGAAGAAGGUGAAGCAAUCUGUAGAGGAAACAGUAGAUAUUGCAGAUGCUUUACCGAUGUUUGGAGUGAGCUUAGAAUUAGCAGUAGAAAGAAGUCGAUGUCAUGAUGGUGUAGAUUUACCGUUGCCUAUUAGAGAAUGCAUCGACUACGUCGAAGCUGUCGGAAUUUCAUUUGAAGGCGUAUACAAAAUAAGUGGGACAAAAACUAAAGUAUCCCAGAUAAGGAAAAUGUACAAUCACAGGCAGAAUGUUAGAUUAAGCGAUUAUGACGUGCCUACAGCAACUAGCCUUCUAAAAAUGUUUUUAAGAGAUCUCCCAGAGCCAAUAUUUACAAAUGACUUGUUAAUACGCUUUGAAGAAGCUGGUGCCAUUUUAAAUUUUAACACGAGGGAAAAACAUUUGAAAAUACUAGUAGAUAAUUUACCACCGCUAAACAAACUGCUUUUGUCCUGGCUUAUAGUGCACUUGCAUAAUGUAUCGUUAAAUGAGAAGCAGAAUAAGAUGAACAAGCAGAGCAUUGCGGCAGCGCUGAACCAUACAUUCCAUAUUUCGUCGAGAUUACUGCAGGCGCUUUUACAUCAUAGUCAGGCUCUGUUUCCCUAUGUUGUGAUUUUCAAGUACAUACCUCCAUUAGGGUCUGGUGUCCAGCUACCUGAUAAACCUAACUUAAUGGAAAUCGAACUGAAGAAACAGGAAUCUCUACUCACUCAGAUACACAAGGAAAUGAACUAUGGCUGCAAUUCGAAGGAACGGGAAGAAUUGUUGUGGGAAGUUCAAAGGAUAGUAACCCAGUUAAAGAGGAAGUUAAAAACUGUCCAAAAGAGUAAAGAUGUUUCCGAGAAGUCUGAAGAAAAAUUGGUAGCAGAAGGAAAUAAAGAUGUAGAAAGCAAAGAGCCCGAUGAUUUGGUUGAUGGUUCUGCGCCAGUACAAUAUGAGAACGUAGAAGCAGCUCGUUCCCAGUCUGAUAACUCUUCUAAUAAAUCACAUUCUGUUGUAACAACUAUAGAACCAGAAAUUCCCCUUUUCGAUGAACAAGACCAAGACAAAACUGACAAUUCAGAGGAAGAAGUUCACAUAGAAAAUAAUGAUUAUUUAUUUGAUGAUGAUAUAGUGCUUCUUACUUACAAGAGAAAUGGUUUAAUUACGUUGAAAGAGAAGUUGUUGAAAAAUAUGCAAAUGGAAAGAAAUGAAAUAGAAAUUUUAAAGGAAAAAUUAGAUUCAACUUGUAGCACUUCAAUGGUAAAUCAAAUUAUACCAAAACAAGAAUGUUUAGAUGAAGUCAUGGCUCUUCUUCAAAAAGAAAAUCAAAUUUUGCAAAUAAAGAAAAUUAAUUUGGUGAGACAAAUUAUCGAACAGAAAGAAUUGUGUAUAGAGUUAAGCGCACAACUUAGGCUGGCUUCAAAUGAUAAUUAUUUGUCAAAUUUGAAUAGGCAUGAGGUGACUCAUUUUUAAACCUUUUAUUUAUAUUUUACACUUAUACGAAGACUUAUUAUUCAAAUAUUCAAUCUCUGUAACUUUAUUUUCCCACUGAAAAAAAACUUCAGUGAAUGACCCUUUUUCCUCUUUUGAUGUAUACAUGUCGCGGUGUUGAAAAUUCUCCCAGUAAAAAAGAAUCCUGCACUGAAAAAUACUUAUACUUGUAACAACCGAGUUGAUAACUGUUUAGAAAUGUAUUUAAAGCAAAAUGUGUAAAUCUACUUAACAUUAACUCUAGUCGUUUGUAAACUGAAAGUGACAGUUGAAAAGAAUCAUAUAUAUGUCAAACUUAUUCUUGACUGUUAAACAUUAAAUUCAGUGUAAAUAAAAGGAAGAGUACAAGAUAUAUCUUGAAACUGUUACUCCAAACACUUCUGUAAAAUAGACUUCUGUAUUUUAGUCCUAAGUUACAUGAUUAUAAAUGUGAUAUUUUAAACACAAAAAAAUAAAUAAUAAAAAAUCAAA